AAGCGCAACGUCACACAUCACACAUCUGCUCGCUGUUGUUGGACUCUUCUAAUACCAACCAAGACCUCAGAGACAUGCACUAUGAUAAAGCGCCAAAGGAGAAGCCAUGCUACACUCAGCCCACAGUGAAAAAACUUCUGGAACAAAAGAGGAAGCGAGAGAUGUCGUCGGGGCUCACCUCUUACCCCGCAAACACAACUGGUCACAACAUGCUUACUCACCUGCCGGCGUCAGAACAACAGACAUGUGCAGGUGCAUCAAGCAGCUAUACGGAAAUGCCAGCUAUGAGCUGUGAGUUGUGGGCCCCCAUGCAGGAACCUGCUCUAUCUUAUGACCCCAAUCAACCUGGACCAAGCUUCCCUAUGGGCUAUAAUGUUCCACUGGAGUCCGCUUUCAGUUCGCAGCAGCAGCAUCAUCCAGGAUUUGAGUCUCAGUCUUACGAGUGCCAGAUGGCAGCUGCAAAUCAGGGCGCAGCGUCUACUUGGACCCUUCUCGGACCCAGUCAGCCCCCCCAGCCAACUUUCGGGUCCUGGUUGGACACCGACACACUCGAGAAAGCCAGGAUGAUGAUGAGAGAAAUGGACUACAGUAAAAUCAUCGGUCAGGAUGAAGAUGGAGACACCAUUCUGCAUAUCUGCACAGCUAAGGGUCUCAGGGAGUGGGCCUUUGCCGCAGCAGAGAAGCUGAGGGAUUUGGGGAAGCUUGAUGCGAAAGAGCACAAAGGCAAAACUGCCUUAUUGGUGGCCGUGACAGCAAACCAGCCAGACAUUGUUCACGAUCUGCUGACAUUUGGAGCGGAAAUUAAUGCUUGUGAUGACAAAGGGCAAAAUGCUCUUCAUCUGGCUGCCCACGAUGGCCUACCAAGGAUAAUGCAGGUAAUUCUGUCCAAUAAACCUGCUGUCAACCUGGAGGCCAGAGAUUUUGAAGGUAUGACGCCUCUGCACUGUGCAGCCAUUUCUCACAGUGUCACCAUGAAGGCUUUGUUUGCCUGUGGGAUGGCCGAUGUUAACCUUCAGGCUAAAGCUGAAGAGAAGCUCUGCUGUGUGCAGGUGCUUCUCAAUGCAGGCGCUUCGCCACUCAGCCAGGAAAUCAAAAGUAGCAAGACAGUUCUACACUUGGCUGUGAAGGAAGGGAAUGUGGACCUGCUCCACUAUCUGCUCAGCAUCCCCAUGCAUAAUGUCAAAGACUUUGUCAACAUGAAAGCACACGGCCACACAGCUUUACACAUGGCGGCCUGUCUCCAUGGCAACCCCCGGCAGGAGGAGAUCCUGCGGCUCCUUCUGAGCAAAGGAGCUGAUCCUAGCAUCCGCAAUAUGGAAAACGGCCUACCGGCGCAUCUUCUGCAGGGCGGCCUGCAAGGGGAGCAGCUUAAACUCUUGCUGAAGAAACGUCGACGUCCAGUGGCCCCGCAUGACCAGGAAUGAUUGAAAGUCUUCCAUGAAGAAGGGAUGACAGAAAGGCGUUUGAGGUUAAUUCACAUUGGAUUUCAACUCUUAAAAUGAUUCGCCACUAGCUGCUUUUCAAGUACAGAACAAGUUCAUAUUUAUAUUUUAUUUUCUAUGAGGCAUUCAUAUUGAGGACCUUUUAUUUCCAAUUACAAACCCAUGCUGUUUGGAACAUUUUUUUUUAAAUAUUUAUUUUUCCUCACAUUUUGAAUUAAGUACAUGUCACUCGUCACAAUAUCAGGUUAUGAUUAUCAUCUUUGUACGAGGAUAAUUUUUGAUAUUGUAUGAAUCUUCUUAGAUUGUGGUUGUGUAUCUCAGUACCAAAGUUAAAUCGGUGGCUGGGUGAUAGAGUUCUCAUUUUGCUAAAAUUCUUUGAUUUCUAUGAAAUCAAUCAAGGACUCAGAAAUCAUAAUGAUGGCAUUGGCCGUGAUGCUGCUGCUGAAUUCAAUCAGCACAUUUACUUAUGUUGACAUUGAUGACAUGUUGAAAAUGACCUGUAUGCAUCAUACUUCUACAUGUAGUUUACUGUGUAAAACUACUUUAGUUUGUUCUAUGUCUCAAGACCAAAGCGUGACACAGUGCAUGCCAGGAGUGAGUCAUGACCCAAACAAAAGUCAUGUUUGGGAUAUUCUUAUGAGCAUGGGGGAAAUUGAAUCACUCAAAGGAAAGUUUAAACAACUGUCACCUUCACUUCACAAAAAUCCCAACAUCUCGAUUACUAUGAUCAGAAACCACCAAGAGGGGUAAAAUUUGAAUUUGACUGUAAUUUCAGUGAGAAAAAUAAAUGUUGAGGUCUCUGACUUGUAUGCGUUGUUUUGAAUGUUUCUUAUGAAACGCAUCACCACUGCUGAGAAAUAUUAUUUCAAAAAUUACUCUGACACAUAACCUCAAAUAUGGAAGUCAGGUGAGGGAACCAUGUCGAUUUAUGAUUUUUUAAGAUUUUUUUUUCUGUGGCUCAUUUGGGUUCAGCUAAAACGUGACUUGUUUCCAUUUAUCCAGAUAUUUGUGCCUUGGUGGAUUGGUUCUGUCUGAGUGCUGUUAGCCAUUAAUAAUUUACUUAAUGGUGAUUAUCCAAUAGCUAAAUCACCCGAAAGGAAUUGAAGCUACAAAAAACAUGUUGACAGACAAACCAAAUCCUUCAUUCAAUGCAUGUGCCAAAAGCAACAUCUGUGUUAUGACAUCGCAUGAUGAACAAGGCUUUGAUUUGUUUCAUGUUUUCUUUCUUUUUUAAUAUAUUGCAACCAACUGUGACAGUCAAAUAUUUGCACUUCUGACAAAAGAUGAACUUUCUCUUUGUAUUCUUAAUUUGGAUCUGCAAAAACAAAAACUGCCAUGAGUGUGAGAAACAUUUGAGUACAUUUUUUAUUGAUCAUCCGGGUGCGGUCCAACAACCAUAAAACACUUUUAUGAAUGUUGCACACUUCGGUUCUGAUGCCGACCUCUCCUUGCUUCAUCAAAAUACUGCAUUUGCUAUACGGCUGGAGGAGGCACUGCAGCAAAGGAGAGAGUGAAGAAAAAAAAAAAGAGACAAUUAGAAUGUUACAGACGAUGAUUUUACCAGAAACUAAAGUGUGCUCACCGUC